GCCAUUGGCACUUCAACUUUAAUACAAGUGUAUUAAAUGGCUCAUCAUAGGAUCGAUGCUAAUACCACAGUGUAACUGAUAGUUUACAGUUGAUAUCUAUCUAUUUAUCAAUGGCACAUUCUAAUACUUAUCAAACACGGUGAUGUGAUAGAAAUUAUGGAGGAAUCUAAAACUUCGAAUGAGAGUGAAUCGAAUUUUGGCCAAAGAUCAAGAAUUAAAAAAUGUUGUUUCUACAGUAUUGUUAUUGUUUUAUACAUUGCUGUUCUAUCACCUUCGAUCUUGCCUACAUAUUUCUAUUUCACGUCAGAGAAGCCUGAACUGAAGGCUGAAGGGAAAAACCAUACCUCGGGAAGGUACGUGACUUAUCAUGGUCUCAUAUAUACAUAGAUUGUUUCAUAUAUUGUAUAAUCAUUUCCCAAGAUAUUAUGCGAAUUGCCUGCAUUCUAAUUACAAAAAAAAAACAAGAAGUUGCAAUUCAGGAUUCAUUUAAACAAGAGACAUGAGCAGAUACAGUUCACUGUAACAAUGUAUCACCCUACAUCUAAAUGUUUCCUUUUACAAAUAAAAAUAAAGCUGCUUUCCAGUUAGCCGUUCUUCAUACGUGCGUGUACGCACGCACGCACGCAAAAGUUUAAAUCCAUUUAUUAAAAUUUUACGAAUGAAAUAACUGAAUAAUUAAGAGUUUCAUACAACCAGCUCCUGGAAUUUAUCAAAAUAAUUCUCAGAAUAAACGCAGAGUAGGGUAAAAGAAUUCUGAGAAGCCACUUAUAAAAUUAUUUUUUUAUUUGGGCAUGCAGGUUCAAUUCCUGCAUGGCUACGGGUUCAAUUCCAGCGAGGGACCUAAAGUUGCAUUUUUCGCUUCAUUUCUUGGUUAGGUCUAAUAAAUUACCAUACCCAUCUAUUAUUAUUCACUCGAGUCAAAUGCCACAAAAAUCUUGAUAUUUACUUAUUUUUUUACUCAGGGUUUUUUCCAGGAUUUUCUCUUAGGUCCGUUUUUGCAGAGAAGAUUGAGUUUAGCUGAACAGCUAGGGUGGCUGCACUCCCCUACCGGGAGAGAGGGACUGACACCUGUACUCAAUAAAUGUAGUUGAGAUGGAAUGUGUUCAAGCAGGGGCACUAAGGGACACUAUAAACUGGUUAAAGAUGGCAAAUGCAUAGUUUUUCUUGUGUUGUGAGAUGAAUUCCAGUCAUUUUUUCUUAAUUUGGCUUCCAACUGAAAACUAAUUUCCAUUAAACCUUCUCACCAAACUUUGGUGAGAAGAUUGAGUUUCAAAACACAAUUCAAGAUUGAGUUUUUGGGGCCAUUUAACGGCCCUAAAAAAUCCCUGAAAAAAACCCUGUUACUGUUUUUAGGAAUCUGACUAUUUCAUCUGGCUAUGCUGGUUAUAAUGUUGGUAACUCAUCAUACUGCAAUCACCCUUUUAUCCCACAACAACAACUUCACAUUAAUAUAACCCUAUGUGUACCACAGUGUGGCUGGAGUCCUUUGACGAGAGACGAAAAUUAUCAGAUCAAUGCAACGACAUACACUGCAUGUAUCAUUGCGAUAAUCUCGUUAAUUCUUAUCCUGAUGACCUGGUGUAAAGUCUCAGAACUGUUGAGUAUAACUAUUUCAAAAUGCAUUUGUGCAGGCAUUUCAUACCCAAUAAAAUAUGUCCUCAUUUCCCAGGCAAAAUAUGGGUCUAUUCAUUAAUUUUCAUCAACACAAUCUAAAUGGCAUACAUGCAAAUCUCUGAAAUGAUUAUUGAUAUUAAAACUUGUCUGUAAUGUAAACAAAUCCUUUGUUUACAUUUUGCUAUGUUUGUAAAAGACAUACUAUAACUGUAUAUCUAAAACUUUUUCCGAUUUACUAUAUGUAAAUGAAUAUAAACUAGAGUACGUUUCAAUUCAAAAAAGGUCGAAAGAUGCAAAAUUUGGGCAAUGUUUAUAUCUGUGGGUUCCCCUUUGUUAUGAGCAGAACUGAUGCACAGAACGGACUUGACAUGGUCUUUACCCCAUUGAGUCGCAUUGCACCCUGAUGCACCCUAUUUUAAUAUUUUACUCUGUCUAACGCCAGAUGAUUUUACUUGUCAAGGGAAGAGUGCUGGCGCUUAAUGGGUUAAUAUUAGUUAUAUUAUUAGUAUUACUGAUAUGGGCUCUUGAAAUACCAUUUUCAGGUAGACUAUAAAUUUAUGGGUUUGAGAAAAUGAUACACUAUAAGUUUAUUUCUUUUUAGGUGGAAAUUUCCACAUUUUAUCAUUGUCAUUAUGUUGACUGAAUCAACAACUAUUGGUACGUUAUAUUAAAUGUUACUAAAAAUUUCAAUCGGGAACCGUUAAAGUCAUCAAUCAAAAGAUGAUAAAGAUUUCAUGGUUUGUUUUCUGUAGUAAGUUUUGUGUCUGUGGCAAUAUUACUUGGAAAUGAUGUGUUCUGCAGUAGUAAGUUUCUCUCAGAAGCCUCAAAGAAAGCCACAACAUUUUGUACAUUUCAAGGUGCAUUGAUCCACUACUUGGAGGGUUCUGUUACACUUUGGUUUGUUGCAUAUAAUGUUGUUGUUGCUAAGGUAGAUUUAUUUUAAGUUUAAUAUUUUACUGUGGUGACGCUGAUGAUGGUGGUGAUGAGGAUGGUGGUGAUGAUGAGGAUGGUGGUGGUGAUGAUGAGGAUGGUGGUGAUGAUGAGGAUGGUGGUGGUGAUGAGGAUGGUGGUGGUGAUGAGGAUGGUGGUGGUGAUGAUGAGGAUGGUGGUGGUGAUGAUGAGGAUGGUGGUGAUGAUGAGGAUGGUGGUGGUGAUGAUGA